UCAACCAAAUUGGUUAGUCUAUAAAUAUUAGAACUAUUUACAAAGUUCUAAUACAAAAAUAGGGCUAUAUGGACUGGCAAAACAUAAAAAAUUAGCUAGAACAUAUAAAAAUAGCCUUUGAUAAAUCAUACAAGUGCUUAAGCCAAAAUAGAGAAAUACAACAAAAUACUCUAAAUAGGCACGCACAAAUAUUGGUAGAAUGCUUUAAUGAAGCACGCCAAUUACUAAAUGUAAACAAAGAUAGAUUAACUAGAGUACAUUUAACGCAAGCGUUAAAAUUUCGAAACAAGUUUAGAGAACACUUGUUAUUAGUAAAGAAAAGACAUAAUUUAAAUCUGACUGUCCCUACAAUAUUCAAAACAUCAGUUGAAAUAAGUAACAAUACAGAAGUAUCGGAAGACUCCGAUCAAGACUCUAAAGAAGAGGACUCUGAACAGGAAAUUAAAGAAGAAGAUCUGCACGAUCUUACAAUACCGGCAACAAUUAAAUUGCCAGAAAUAGGAGAAGAAGAAAGUUCAGAGCCUCCAAAUAUAGACCUAGAAGACAGAAUGACUGACUCAGCCGCAACUUCAAGGGAAUACGUGCGACAAAUUUCGUCCACGAUACCCGAGUUCGAUGGCAAGAAAGUCAAUUUAAACAGAUUUUUGACGGCUCUCCGACUAACAGAUCUCACGAAAGGAGAUCAGGAGAUGUUAGCCGUUGAAGUAAUUAAGACGAAAAUAAUUGGCCCUUUGUCAUACAAAGUUGAAAAUGAAAGGACCAUUAUUGGAAUCAUAGGUGUAUUAAAGGCAUCAGUUAAAGGCGAACCGCCUGAUGUCAUUAAAGCAAAAUUAUUAAAUACACAACAACGUGGUAAAACUGCAGCGCAGUAUACCACAGAAAUUGAAAAUCUACGUAGGUCGCUUGAGGCAGCUUACAUAGAUGACGGACUGGACUCAAACAACGCAGAUAAGUUCGGAACGAAAGAAGCGAUCACUGCGAUGAUAAAGAAUUGCGAGCAUGAUAAGCUCAAGACAAUUCUCGAAGCAGGUAACUUCAGCACUAUAAAUAGUGUAAUAGAGAAGUACAUACACUGCUGCACCGAAAUGACCGGCAACUCGAACAGUGUUUUCUUCUAUAACAAUAGAGGAUAUUUUCGAGGAAAUAGUUAUCGUGGAAACUACCAAAAUAACUAUAACUAUAAUAACAACUAUAGAGGCCGAGGUGGUAACCAAAUUAUAAUAGAGGUGGAGGUUACUCAAGAGGUAACCAAACCAUAACCAUAAUACAAAUCAGACCCACAAUGCUCGAAACAUCGAAUCGGAAAACGAACAGGCCCUCUUGAGCAACAGUCAACAAUAAAAGUAUACAAAAUUAAUCUCAGUUUAAGCAUUUUCAUACGUUUAAAGAAUAUGAGUACCAAUUCAUGGGUAACUCUUUUAAUAGAUACAGGUGCAGAAAUUUCCCUGCUUAAAUGCAGAAACAAUAAUCUUAACGAUUUAAAUACAAAAAACACAACAAAUAUAUCAGGAAUAGGGCAAGGGACAAUUCAGUCUCUAGGUACACUACAUUUAGAAAUGUGUAUUGCUAAUGCAGCAAUACCAUAUGAAUUCCAUAUCGUACCUGACAAUUUUCCUAUACCAGGGGAUGGUAUAAUUGGCUUGGAUUUCAUUAAGAAAUACAAUUGUAUUUUGGAAUUCCACGACCAAGAAGAUUGGUUUACUUUGAGGCCCAAAAAUUUCAGGAAUAUAAAUGUUCCUAUUAUACAUUCACUAGAUAACGAAAUAAUUUUGCCAGCUAGAUCAGAAGUGAUUCGAAAGAUUCAACUAACAUAUAAUGACACACAUGUCCUCAUCCCCAACCAGGAAUUGCAACCUGGCAUAAUAAUAGCAAGUGCACUCGUAAACACUCAGAACGUCUUGAUUCGAAUUAUAAAUACAACUGAAAAAGACGCUAUAGUAAGCAGCGCAAAUAUAAAAAGCGAAUCAUUAGAUGAUUAUGAUGUUUACAAUGCAAAUAUAGAAAAUAGUGCACAAAGAACUUCAGAAGUAUUAAAACUUCUUAAAUUUCCAUCGUUAUUCAAAAGCGAUUUAACAAAAUUAUGC